AUGGUUAUCAGGCCUAUGAGGGGUAACUGGUUAGCAGUGUUUAAAAACGGCGUUGGAAGUAAGGCAGCGUACACAACCUCAACACCACCAAAGAUGAAAGCGUACGCAGCUCCGAGUGACUACAGGCAUGUUAACCAGCAUCACGGGAAGUCAGCCAAACAGGACUUUGUGCCGGUGUACGUGGCGAUUGGGAUGAUAGCGUUAUCGACGGGGCUCGGUCUUCACACUGCGUGGCAGCAACUGAGGAAUUCCCCGACGGUGCGCGUGAAGAAGCAGAGGAGAGAGACUCUCCCGGAGGUGGUGGAACCCGAAUACGUGGCGGAGGAGGCUGAGAAGUUCAUGAAGAAAUCGUUCUUCAGGAAAGUGGCGCACGUGCAAGAGCGGAGUUACCCCGAUCACCACCACAUCCCUAACCCCAUUCUCAAAGAUGCCUAUGCCCACACCCCUCGUAUUGAGUCUCUAAAAUCCGUUGGGGUUAAUCCCUCGCACAACCUCUGA